GAAGUUUUUCGGAAGAAUUUCAAGUUUUCCGGAAGAAUUUUUAAGUUUUCCGGAAGAAUUCCAAGUUUUCCGGAAGAAUUUCAAGUUUCCCGGAAGAAUUUUAAGUUUUUAAACCCCUAGUCUCGACGAUAUGGAGCAGCAGGCCACCCUGGUCGCGGCGCUCGCCGCCCUGCUCGCGUCGUUCGCGUCGGCCGGCCAGCUCGACACCGUCACCUUCGAGUACACGGAGCCGCUGAGCGGGCGGCCUCUGCCCCCGGCGCCGCCGCGGCCCCAGCCCAUGCUGGUGCAGGGCACGCUGCAGACCGGCGGCCCGCACCGGCAGCCGGCCGAGCAGCCCAGCCUGGGCUUCGGCCCGUUGCCCUGCGACUGCAGCGGCGACGACAUCGGCUGCGGCUGCUGCGCCGGCCUCAGCAUGUCCUACUUCAACUGGCACCGCCGGGCCUGCUUCAAUCUGACGUACGACCCGUACGAGUUCGCCUUCGGCGUCAACCUCCUUAUGGACGGCAAGUCGGUGUUCAAGAGGAGCAUAUCCGGGAAGAACCCGCCGCCGGUGUGCGUGCCCAUCCCCACGCCGCUGCCGGUGCUGCCCACCGUCGACUUCUGCGUGCGCAUGUUCAACGUGUUCACGCCGCCGCCGGGCCUCAACCUGCACGCCUGCAUGAACUUCGAGACGCGUAUCUCGCGCGCGCCCGUGCUCGUGCUCGAGUUCGACUGCCUGCGCCUCGGCUCGGCCGGCGCGUUCCUGCUCAAGCCCGAGGACUACGGCGAGGUGCCCGAGCCAACGACGGCGCCGGAGGAGGGCAGCGGCGGCGGCCAGGAGGGCGAGGACGAGUACGACGAGGUCACCGAGGACCGCAGGAAGGACAACGCCACCGAGGCGCCCGCCUGGACCACUUGACCCAUGCGGGUUGACCUCGGUACUCCUCUCCAUUCACUGGAACUAUAGCUUCCGGAUUUUUAGACGUCCGCACGAAAAUAAAGAAUUAGCUAAAAUAGCUAAUAAUACAUGUGCUAAGUUGGCCUUGGCUCACAAAUAUUAGCUCGCUUAGCUUUCACAACUAGUUCCUUUUUAUUUCUAGUCAACUUUUAUUAUCGCUAUUAUUUUUCUCUUUCUCUUAGCUAAUAUAAUUAGCUAUAGCAAAUGCAUUAGCCAUUUUAGCCAAUUCUUUUUUUUUUAAUUUAUUUUCCACGGAGGGCCGGUCUGCCCAUAAGUUUGGACGCACUUCAAAUGUCCCGCACCGUGCGCCUCACGCCUCCCUCUCAAACAAACACACGUUGCGGGCAAAUAGCGACCG